AAUCCCCAAAUCAAACCUAUUUGCAUGCUUAAUUUGAUAUCUGGCAAUUGAAUAACUUGGGCGCUUUCUUGAACGCUAAUAUUUUGGUCGAUGCUUGGUUCCAGAAAGCGCGAGUCCUAAUUCCUAAAUCCCAACGGGAAAAACAAUGACGUCCUGCUCUCGCCUUCUCGCCCCUCGCCUACCCCUACUCCUCCUCCUCCUCCUCCUCCUGCUGCUGCUGCUGCUCCGCUGGUAAUGGCGCUGAACUGCGCCGCCCACGGCCGCGCGAUCAUUUCCGCAGCCGUCCUCGAAGGUCGCCGAGCCUCGCUGAAUCUCCGCCCCGAGGGAAACCCGGCUCCCUCGAUCCGUAAGCCUUCAAUCUCCUCCUCAAUCUCUCCGUUCAGAGCCCUGUCUUUUCCUUCGGUUUCUUCCACGAUUUCGAUCCCCUUAGCUAGGGUUUCGGACCGGUUUCUAAGACGCGCUUGAAGCACCGAUCUCGAGGGGAAUGGGCGCUCAAUUUGCGGCACUCGGGUUCGAGAAUCGCCGGUUCUAGGGUUUCUUUCCGGAGAAGGUCAGGUUUUGGAUGCUCGGAUUAGGCUUUUUCCCCUCGAUUAUGGAUUCUUUUGCCUUUUUUCUUUAGGUUUUAAGUUGAUUUGAGAAGAAAGAAUUGGAGAGCAAGAAACGGAUCGUUGUUUGCUUGAUUUGCAGGUGAUUCGGCCUACUGACAUUUGGGUGGAUUCUUUGGGAGAUGGCGGACUCGGUGGAUGUGGUGUUGGAGUUCUUGAGGAAGAACCGGUUUAUGAAAGCUGAGGCUGCUCUGCGAGGGGAGCUUAAUAGCCAGCCGGACUUGAAUGGGUCUCUUCAGAGACACCUUUCUGAUGAGAAAGAAGAAGUGAGGGAAGAUAGUGGAGGAGGUAAUAAAGCGAGACAGCAAGGUACAGGCAUCCGGAGCGGAGAGAUGUCCAAGGAGUUUAUUGUCAAGGAGAUUGAAGUAGGUGGCAUUGGUAAUGGGUCCGAAAGCAAGAAAGGUUUGAGUGCUAAUCAGGGCCGAGAGAGUGGCAUGACUGAUCUACACCCUUGGAAUUUUGGUUCUGCUAAUAGUGCUGCCAAUUCCAUUUCAAGGGUAAGUGAUGCUACUGCCAGCAACUUCGCAGAGCUCUUGAUAUCCGAGGAACCUAAGCAUCGCCAUGGUUUGUUGGCAUUAGAAAAGAGGGACUCUGCUCUUGAAACCGAUGCUGAUGCAUUGGCAGAGCAAAGAAUUUCUUCUAUCAGGGGUAGAAGUAAAACUGUCAUUGAAGUGAAGCCUGAAGUCAAUCAAAUGAGUGUUUCUAAGGCUGACAAUACUUACUCCAAAGACCAUUUGCUAGAUAGCCUGUGGUUGAAAAGUGAGGAGCCAUCAAAGGACUGCUCUAUGAAGACAGUUUUUCCAUUUCCCAUGGACAAUGCCUCAUCUAGUUAUGAUGGUGCUUCAGGUCAUGAUAAUGAUAGAAAAGAGCUGAACGAGAAAGUGGAAAGCAGUGAUAAUGGAGAAGUCACAAAGGAACAGAUAGAUAAUGUGGGGAGGCCAUGCUUCUCAGGGAAGUCUCAAGAAAGUAUAGAGCAAAAGAAUACCAAGAGUUUUGAUUUGGCUCAUAUUGGUGAAAACCACAGGGAAGAGCUACCAAGGCUGCCUCCCGUAAGGCUUAAGUCCGAAGACAAGUUAUUAAAUCUUCAUCUGGAGGAAAAGGUUGACCAUCAGGCAUCUGGAAUGAAGCUCUCAGGUCCGGACAACACCUUUAUGAUCGGGUCUUUUUUUGAUGUCCCUAUUGGGCAAGAUGUCAACCCGUCAGGUGGGAAACGAACAGUUGGAAACAGCUGGUUAUCAGUAAGUCAAGGAAUUGCUGAGGAUACUUCUGACUUGGUAUCUGGUUUUGCUACCGUUGGUGACGACUCAAUUGAUUACCCAAAUGAGUACUGGGAUUCUGAUGAAUAUGAUGAUGAUGAUGAUGUUGGGUACAUGCGACAGCCAAUUGAAGAUGAAACCUGGUUUCUAGCACAUGAGAUUGAUUAUCCAAGUGACAAUGAAAAGGGAACAGGUCAUGGGAGUGUUCCUGAUCAGCAGGAGCGGAUUCCAAGAAAGGAUGAAGAUGAUGAGCAUUCUUUUGCUGAAGAGGAUUCAUACUUAUCAGGUGAGCAGUAUUUACAUUCAACAAACAUUGAACAAGUUGCUGGUUCAGAUAGGCCAAUGGGGCUGAGAAUGUCUGAAAUGUAUGAGAGAAGAGAUGAAAAUGAUUUGAUAGCUCAGUAUGAUGGGCAACUGAUGGAUGUUGAAGAGCUAAAUUUCAUGCGUGCAGAACCUGUUUGGCAGGGCUUUGUCACCCAGGGUAAUGAACUUGUUAGAUUAGAAAAUGGGAAAGUCCUUAAUGAGUCCGAACGAGGUCAUCCUAAUGAUCCUUCCAUUGAAGGUGAUCCGCAUGGUUCGGUUAGGUCAAUUGGCAUGGGCAUAAAUAGCGAUGCUGCUGAAAUUGGCAGUGAAGUCCGUGAAAGCAUGGUCGGAGGGAGUAGUGAGGGGGACAUUGAAUACAUUCAUGAUCAUGAUGGUGGUAUAAGUGGCAAACGGCUCUCUCAAUAUGAUACAGACAAGAGCUAUUUGAAUAGUUCUAAGAAGGAUAAAGUAAGGGGAAAUAAACAGGAUCCAGAUAACUUUAUUUUGGCUUUGGGAAAGGGUAGUUGCCCACCAGAUGUGAGUUAUAUGGAUGGUGGAUUUUCUUUUCCACCCCCUACGAGAACCAGAGAUGUGUUGGAGGCUGAUUCUGAGGAUAUGCUUGCCACAUGGAGGCGAAGAAGCAGCAAUUCUUCUCCUGUAAGGAGCCAUAGAAAUGGGAAAACUUCUGAUCCUGCUAGAUCAUCAAGAAAUUCAACGGCAUCAUCAACCUCGAAUUAUGCUUAUGCUGAAAGAGAGGAUAUUAAUGAAGGAACAGAGUACAAAGCAAAUGAUGCAAGAGAAGAAGACCCUGGGACAACACUCGAGGAUGAAGAAGCUGCUGCAUUGCAGGAGCAAGUAAGACAGAUAAGAGCUCAGGAGGAGGAAUUUGAAACCUUCAAUCUUAAGAUUGUGCAUAGAAAAAACAGAACUGGCUUCGAAGAAGAUAAAAAUUUCCAUGUUGUUCUAAAUUCAGUUAUUGCUGGACGUUAUCAUGUUACUGAAUACCUAGGAUCAGCAGCAUUCAGCAAAGCUAUUCAGGCACAUGACUUGCACACAGGCAUGGAUGUAUGCGUGAAAAUUAUAAAGAAUAACAAAGAUUUUUUUGAUCAGAGCCUUGAUGAAAUUAAGCUUCUGAAAUUUGUUAACAAGAAUGAUCCUGCUGACAAGUAUCACAUCUUGCGCUUGUAUGAUUAUUUCUAUUACCGGGAACACUUACUGAUAGUUUGUGAACUUCUCAAGGCAAACUUGUAUGAAUUCCACAAGUUUAACAGAGAAUCUGGAGGGGAGGUUUAUUUUACAAUGCCAAGAUUGCAGUCAAUAACUAUCCAAUGCCUGGAGGCACUUCAGUUUUUGCAUGGUCUUGGUCUUAUUCAUUGUGACUUGAAGCCUGAGAAUAUAUUGGUGAAAAGCUACAGUAGGUGUGAAGUUAAGGUUAUUGACCUUGGUAGUAGUUGCUUCGAAACGGAUCAUUUAUGUUCUUAUGUGCAGUCACGAUCCUAUCGUGCACCUGAGGUUAUUCUGGGCCUCCCUUAUGAUAAAAAGAUAGAUGUAUGGUCACUUGGAUGCAUUCUGGCUGAACUUUGCACAGGAAAUGUACUCUUCCAAAAUGAUUCUCCAGCAACAUUACUUGCACGUGUGAUGGGAAUCAUAAGCCCCAUCGACCAGGACAUGCUUACAAAGGGGCGAGAUACAUACAAAUAUUUCACAAAAAACCACAUGUUAUAUGAAAAGAAUCAGGAAACCAAUAGGCUAGAGUAUUUGAUUCCAAAAAAGACAUCCUUGCGGCAUCGGCUGCGUAUGGGUGAUCAAGGUUUCAUUGAUUUUGUUGCUAAUCUUCUUGAAAUAAACCCAAAGAAGCGUCCAUCGGCAUCUGAAGCACUGAAGCAUCCAUGGCUCUCUUUUCCUUAUGAACCAAUAUCAUCGUGAACUGUCUUCACUUGUGAAUGCAUUAUACUGCUGGAGAAUGUUUUUGUCUGCCUCAUCAGCACAUGCUAAAUUAUGACAUUAGGAUUGCAGACCUAUAGGAUUCUACCGUGACUGGAUAGGCAUAUCGGAGAAGCAUCAGCUGCCUCAAGAAAAGCUGAGGGUCUUAUCUUCUCAUGGAUUUGCUGCUUCUAAGGUUGUUUGAUCACAUUGAUAGUGGGUGCCGGCAGCCCUGUUGGUUCUGCGGAGCUGUGUUGUAGUCUAACUUUUGUUUGUUGUAACCCAGAACGUAAUUGGGCAUGCACUGAUUUGUGUCUUCGCCUGGAAAAGGACUGUACUGUUGUAUAUGAUGUGAUUAUUAUUUGAGGCCUUUCAGUGUUGGUUGUGCCCCGGUUCUGACCUAUGUUUCUUUCGAGGUCUUGUUAACGGUUGUUUUUCGAACGUUGGCAUGGAAAAGAAUUAAGAGUCAAGUGUACCAUCAUC